UUUUCCGUGAUUUAUUUUUCCAAUAAACAGCAUCCUGCAGUCUUUUCUUUAUGCUCUCCAACGGAAAUAAACAGUAUUUUUUGUUUUUGUUUUUUGGAAAAAGGAAACCUUUUCCUUUUACCAAACAAUUGAAAGAAAGUGAGAUACUGAAUUUUUCCUUUGGGUUCCAAGCCAUCUCUGUCUCUGCAGCUCAUUUCUCAAAUUUUCAAUUGGAUCUGUAAAUUCAAUCCGAAAAUUAGUAGGGUUGGUCUUCGAAUCUUGAUUUUGGUUUCGUUUAUGGCUUUGCUAGUAAAUUAUCUGUUAUAUUUGCAAAAAGAUUAGUGGGUAUGUUUUGUUUUAGUUAAUAUUAGGCGAUUCCGUUGCCUUAAAUGUGGUUUGGUGGACAUUUCUGGUGGAGAUCUUAUGUAAUUUUUUGUGGGUUUUGGCCUUUAGUGCUAUUUUUUGUCUUUCAUUUGUAGGGCUCUCAUGUUCAAUAUUUUCUUGGCAGGAGUUGAAAUUCUGAAAAAUAUCCUGCUUUUCACCAGUUUGUGAGUUGCUAAUAACCAUUUUUGUUGUGUAAAAAAUUCAAAUUAUGAUUAUUUAUAGAACCCCAAAAGGGGAUUUCGACUGUUGUUUGUGUGAAUUGAUUCGACUCGGAAGAGCAUUUAGCUUAGUACAGUUGCGGUUAGGUUGAGGAGACAUUGUUUUGUUUUUUAUAUUUUUAAUUCUACUCCUAAAUUUUUAUUUUUUGGAGAAAAGAAUCCAUCUUGCUAUUGUGGAGAUCUGGGAGUUGUUUCGUUUGUUAUGUCCCAUGAGGACCUUUUUUCCAUCUGAGUCUUGUAAAGAAACACAUCUAAGUGCUGUCAAUCCACAGCCAUGGCUCCAAGUUGAAAGAGGCAAGCUUUCCAAAUUUGCAUCUCAGUCUCCAUCUUCCAUAGAAUCUCUUGUGAAGGUCCCUGAACCUCAGAUUCUUCCAUUAUUUAAACCUGUUGAUUAUGUAGAAGUUUUAGCUCAAAUUCACGAGGAACUUGAGUCUUGUCCUCCGGAAAAGAAGUCGAAUCUUUAUUUGUUACAGUAUCAUGUCUUUAAGGGCCUCGGAGAAGUCAAAUUGAUGCGAAGGAGCCUUCGCCUGGCUUGGCUGAAAGCUAGCACUGUUUAUGAUAAGCUCGUUUUUGGGGCAUGGUUGAAAUAUGAGAAGCAAGGUGAGAUUGUAUCUGAUUUGCUAUCAUCUUGUGGUGAAUGUGCUAAGGAGUUUGGGAUUAUAGAUAUUGCCUCUGAGUUCCCCAUCAAUGAUAAUUUAAUCUCUCGUGGAACUAAUAUGUCAAAGGAGAAGCAUUUUUCAAGUAUUGUUUCUUUCAUAAUCGGAGAUGAGAAAAUAUCAUGUGACAGGCAGAAAAUUGCUGGCCUUUCAGUUCCAUUUCACACCAUGCUUAAUGGCUGUUUCAUGGAAUCAUUUUGCGAGGACAUUGAUCUGUCUGAAAACAGUAUUUCCCCUUCAGGGAUGAGAGUGAUCAGUGAUUUCAGCUCAACAGGCAGUUUAAAUGAGGUGCACCCCAAUCUUUUGCUAGAAAUAUUGGUAUUUGCCAACAAAUUUUGCUGUGAAAGUCUUAAGCACGCUUGUGAUCGGAAACUUGCCUCUUUGGUUUCCUCCAGACAAGAUGCAGUUGAACUCAUGGAAUGUGCUCUUGAAGAGAAUUCCUGUGUCCUCGCUGCAUCAUGUUUGCAAGUGUUUCUACAUGAACUUUCAGACUCUGUGAAUGACUGUCAGGUUGUUGAACUUUUAACAAGUGCAGAUAGGCAAAAAAUGUCAAUUAUGGUUGGGCCAGCAUCCUUUUCACUCUACUCUUUAUUAAGUGAAGUUGCCAUAAAUGAUGAUCCAUGUUCGGACAAAGCAGUUCUUUUCUCGAAGCUGUUAGUGGACUGUGCUGAAACCCGCCGGCAGAAAAUGGUUGCCUAUCAUCAGUUGGGAUGUAUUAGAUUCUUAAGAAAAGAGUAUGAUGAAGCUGAACAGCUAUUUGAGGUGGCUUUGAACGAAGGUCAUGUUUAUUCUGUUGUUGGCCUAGCUAGAUUAAGUGACAUCAAGGGUUGUAAAGAUUGGUCUUAUGAAAAACUCAGCAAUGUUAUUUCCUCUUAUACUCCGCUUGGAUGGAUGUACCAAGAAAAGUCAUUAUACUGUCAGGAUGAUAAGAGGUGGGGAUAUCUGGAUAAAGCAACAGAGCUUGAUCCGACACUAACUUACCCAUACAUGUAUCGAGCAGCAUCCUUGAUGAGAAAACAAAAUGUUCAAGCUGCCCUUGCAGAGAUCAACCGGAUUCUUGGUUUCAAGCUAGCAUUAAAGUGCUUGGAACUGCGUUUUUGUUUCUAUCUUACACUUGAGGAAUACCAAUCUGCUAUGUGUGAUGUUCAGGUGAUUCUUACACUUUGUCCAGAUUAUCGGAUGUUUGAUGGACGGGUAGCAGCAUCCCAGUUCCGUACUCUUGUGCGUGAGCACGUUGAGAAUUGGACAGCAGCUGAUUGUUGGCUGCAGUUAUAUGAUAGAUGGUCUGUAGUUGAUGAUAUUGGAUCGCUCUCUGUAAUUUAUCAGAUGCUUGAGUCUGAUGCAGCCAAAGGCGUUCUCUACUUUAGACAAUCAUUGCUUCUCCUCAGGUAAAUUUUCGUCGAAGUUCUUCCUUCCAUUU